UCUAUGGAUUGUCGAAUACAACAUGUGUAUAGGGAAGGGAAUUCGGUGGCAGAUGCUUUGGCUAACCAAGGGGUUAUGGAUCAGUGUACUUAUUUAUACUUGAAUCAGGGUGAGCUGCCUAUCUCUAUCAGACUUUUCCUGCAACAUGAUCAGCGUGGGAUCAGGGCAAUUUGUAAGAGCAUUUGGGAUCUGACCUUGUUUCAUUCUGCUCUGCUUCUACGGUUGGAACUCUACAAGGAUGGCCUUGGUCUCUGGAAUUUCUGGAUUAAUCACAGGAGCCUUCUGCUAUUCUGUGGGUAUGAGGAGGAGAUUUUCUAUUCUGUGGUUGUGAGGAUGUGCACUAUCUUAUUCUGUGGUUCUAGCUGGACUCUCAUCUUCUUUGCUCCUCUGAGGAUCUUCUUGACGUUGUUGGAUAUUCGUCUUCUCCUAUGGACUCAUAAUCUGGAUGGUUACGAGAAUGGGGAUCAUUAUUUUGAUCCUCAUUUUUGGCAUGUUCAUCUCUUUGUCUGUUCUUCGUCAGUUGGACAAGAAGGCCCUCAGGCAGAGUUUUUCUAUUCAUCUACUUUAUCAGAAAGGCGGAUGAACCUUUCCUUUCAACUGCCUUAUCUGAUGGCUCUUAACCUGCCUUAUCUGAUGGCCAUUCAUCUGCCUUUAGCUUGUAUUUAA